UCUUUUAAGCAGCCGUGGAGCAGCAGGAGAAAGAGUGAGAGGGGAGACAGAGACAGCUCAGAAGAGGUUGAAUGACAUUUUUUUUUUUAUCGCUACACACCCACAUUUCUGGAAAAAUUCUUUCAAUCCGAAGGCUGCUGCAGAGCCGGCUCACCUGCACAGACGGCUCAUCUGCACAGACUUGCGGAAGAAAACUGUUGUGCUUGCUGAAGCAGAGGAAUAAACAGCGAAUCGUUAAAUGCUGCAAGUGAGAUCCAGACUAGAUAACCUUGGAAUGUGGGUUAGGAGGUAAUGUGCUGACUGAGGGGACUUGAACGCAGUGGACUAACGCCUAACAAAAGAAGACCCACGUGGAAGACGCCUGCACCACAAAUAAAGAGCCGACCUGUUUCCUGUCAAGGAGCAUCUAUCAAACCCUUCUCAGCUGUCACCCUGGGGAAGGCAACGCUCCUCCGAUCCCCCCGAAUCCCCCCUUCCUCUUCGUCGUCAUCACCAUCUUCAUCCUUGCCGCCGCUGAAGACGGUUUCAGCGUCACGGUGCACGUUGACCUCAGGCUUCAGGUGGAAAAGGUUUCGGCUUCCCGGAUCGCCCGUCAUGCACAUCAAGACCACAAAGUGUAACCGCUUCUGCCUGGUGGCGUCAGUGACCAACCAGGAAGUGUUCAACCGACCAGAGGCACAGGCCAGCUUCGAAGCCUUGUUUCGCUCCUUCGAUCCCGAGGUGCAGUUCCAGUACUUCAAGUCGUUCCGGCGGGUCAGGAUCAGCUUCAGUGACGCCCUGGCCGCAGCCGAGGCCAGACUCCGACUCCACAAGACGGACUUCAACGGCAAAGAGAUGAGGCUUUACUUUGCCCAGUCUGUGCACAUAGGGAGUCCUCGUCUGGAGCCCCCCAAACCCGACAAGCAGUUCCUGAUCUCGCCCCCCGCCUCCCCUCCGGUUGGCUGGGAACAAUCUCUGGACGCAAAGCCAGUCGUUAACUACGACCUGCUGUGUGCCAUCUCAAAGCUGGGACCAGGGGAAAAGUACGAGCUCCACACUGCCACACCCACCACCCCGAGCGUGGUCGUCCACGUCUGCGAGGAUGAGCGCGGCGACAGCUCGGCCCCGGACGACAGCGACCAGGACGACAAACCCCGCUCGCCUCGUCCCAAGAUCAUCCAGACGCGACGUCCCGACUACACAGCCGGCGUGGAGCAGUGAGCGACAAACCCAGAAAGAGGACGCAUCCAUCGCGACGGCUGUAACAUUUCAUCCUGAAGUGAUUUGACGAGAGCUGAACACGCUCUCAGAGCUAUGAGGAAGGUUUGGGGACUUUUGGAAGCCGCCUGAGGGUGCUGCGAUGUCCUGUAGACGAGCAUUUCAUAAGACGGAGAGAAAACGUGCUGCAUUCAUGUUCAGUGGGAAAGAGAGGAAAAACGAAAUUCCAAGUGGAAACAUAUAGUUCAGUUGAGCCAUCAGCGUGUAAAUUGAGGUUUGGGUAUUAAACUGAUGGAAAUAUGUGUUUAGCAGUGUACAAAAUAAUGCAUACUAAUGUUAUAGUUGUAGAGCAAUGAGGGGAGGGAGAGUGGGAGGAGACUAUACUGGUUUCUUGGUUGUAUAGUUAUCUUGUAAAAAAAAUAAAGAUAUCAUGAUUAAGUGUGUCAGAUGCAAAUGAAGACUGUACACAACAAACAAUGUGAUUGAGAUGUUGGUUAUUCCCACGUGACAUGAAUGCAGCAUCAUUCUGACAAGUCACGUCCCCUCGUGAAGAGUGUGGGACCGAAAAAAGGAAACGACUUUUGGCGACUUUCAGUUUAAUUUUUCAGACUGUUUUUGGUUUUUUGCUAGGGUGCUACAUGUGUGUGUGUGCGCGUGUGUGUGUGUGUGUGCGUGUGUGUGUGAUUCAGCUGUAGAGUUUACACACGGCUGGCAGGUGCUCUUUCACAUCUCGAGCCCGCCAUGUCGGCGCUGCAGCUCCCUGUUACUCUUCACUGCUGUUUGAUGUCGGCUGUUCUGUGGUGGUGGACGUGUAGUCAAGUCAAAAGCCCACCGUGCUCACAUUUGUGUCCACUGAAACAAAGUGAGGAGACCUGAUGUGUUGUUUCUGUAAAGAUGUCUAACAGUGUUAUUCUGGGGUUCUUUCGGUUUUCUACUCUGCCUGUCUGUCUGUGUUUGGAUUGUAGUGUUGAAAAUAACUGUUUGACAUUUAAUGGAGCAAAAGUACUCAAGGCUUUUUUUUUUUAAUUUCUGAAUGUAAAAUACACCCACAGCUCUCUGGAAACGAGGGCUUCAAGUCCACCCAACCAUGGUAUGAUGUAUGUUUAAAACAAAAAGGAAAGGAAACAGGGCUUACUAGAUUUCAGAAAGAAAAGUCUGCCAGCUUGAAGCAGUGUGUGUUAGCCUGUGAGUCAGGGCUGUGUAGGCCCGCUCAUCAGUUUCCUGUUGUAUCAGGAGCAUUUGUUUGUUUUUCAGUGUGUCACUUGUGCUUCAUGCCUGUUGUGUUCAUAAAGUGGGAAAGAAUGGCACGUGUAGGAUCUAGAGGUGCCCCAAUGAUAUUUUUCGUGCUACCUUAAAAAAAGAAAGAAUGAAAAGGAGCCGACUGGUUUAAAUGUUUAGUAAAUCUUUAGCCCCUGACAAUAACAGGAAAACAUUUCAGGACAUCCUGCUCCUGUAUUGUGGGAUACAGGCCCCCUAACAGAAGAUCAGCCAAAGUAUGAAAGACAACAAAAUAAGAGUAACAGCCUCACUUCACGAAUGAAGAUUUCACCAGUUUCUCAGUCCUCCAUCCCAACACACUCGUCGCUGGUGAAUCUUCUGCUGCGUCCUCACAUCAGCUCAUCCUGACUUGUUGCAGAAUUUGACAUUGAUGAUCGAUAAAAUAGGAAUGAAAAAUGCUUUCACACAUUCAGCUCACACUCACUUGAUGUUUUAGGAGUGUGUGUGUGUGUGUGUGUGUGUGUGUGUGAGUGAGAGAGAAGAUCUAACAAAAUGAGUGACAGGACCGAAAAAGAAAUCAGAAAAUAGAUUCAGUAGAAAAAGGUUUCCUGUGACACGUCUGUCUCUGGUGGAAACUGUGGUGAGGGGUUUAAAUUACAGGGUCUGGGUGUUUUUUUUAAUGAAGAGGAGGAAACCUCUUAACAAUAGUUUCUGUUAGCAUCACAUGCUAUUGUCCAUAACUCCCUCAUUAGCUUUACACACGAGGUGUGCAGGCGUGUGUGUUUCAUUAAGAUCUUCUGAUGUAUUCCUUCCAUCUGUUUAGCUUUGAGUUAAAUCUCACACUGUGAGUCCUGACACCGUCUAAUAUUACAUUACCUUUAACAAGAAUCAGUUUUGCUCCUGUAUUUUUAUUUUCCUGGGGGGCAGCGGCAGCAACUUUUUAUGGAGCAGAGAGUAAACUAGCAAAUGAAGAGACAUGAAAAUGCCACUUCAAAUGGGUUGAAAGUGAAAGAAGCCACACGUACUAAACAAUAUAGAAUGUAAAAAAAAAAAAGCCUCUUGUAUCUAGAUGUGAGAAAAUGUGGUUAUUGCAUUAAUUUGUAGCUAAUAAUUAUUGCUUUUGUUUGAUAGGAUUUUCAUUGAGGAGGAUUAUUGCAUGUUGGAUAGUGGAAGCAGCACUGUGAAGCACAUGACGCACUGCCAGAAAGCUCACCUGUCCCGUGUUAGAGGACUGGAGGUUACAUAAGGCUGUCAGUUUAGCUACUUUUUUACUACUACUGCUGUGUGAUUCAUUCAUCUUUGGACAAAAAGAGUGAUUAACAUCAUUGAAGUACCAUGAAAUAAAGAUUGAACCAUCUGAA